AAUAAAAAAAAUAUACAAGAAAAAAAGAUCAAUGUCUGAAUAUUUUAGAAAAUAUAUAAAAAAAGAAAAUUAUCCUAUCCACCCAAAUUAAAUUAAAUUCAAAACGACAUUUAAAAAUUGUAUAUUGGAGGCGUUAAAAAAAAGACAAUGGAGAGAAUCAGAUGGAAAUGAAUGGGACAUCAUUUGGGCUGAAAAAGAAUGGAUAAUAGACUAAAUGGAUUAUACUCAAAUAGGUUAUUAACAAAAAGUUAAUCAUUAUAGAAAUCAUUAUGAAUUAACAAGAAAAGAUCUAUUAACGAGAAAUAUAAAAAAGCAUAAAAAGUAACUUGAAAAAGAAGGAAAAACCGAAGAAUUAUUAUAGUAUUUUUUAAAAAUUAAUUCCUAAUUGAAAAUUUAUUUAUAUUAGAUAUGA